AUGGAUUCUAAAAAGGGUCGCAAACAAUUGCGGAAUAUUACGAGAGCUGGCGGAAAAGAUAGAUCGCAGUUUGUUCAGAAAAAUGAAGAUUUGAGCGGUCAAAAUACUAAUAAAGACGUAGGAGAUGAGCAUCGGAAGACCCGUGACCUGAAACACGAAGAUAGCGAAGAGGAAUCUAGUAAGGCAGCCGAUCAUAAAGAAGAAGUUUAUAGUGCUUUCUUGACGCUACUAAAGGCGGAGCAUGGUGAUAGUGACAGGAAGAGCAAAAAACGGAAGGUUGUUCUGAAAAAGGAGGAAGCAAGAGCUGAGGAGGAAGAUUCGGAAGAGAGUGAAGCCAGCGAAGAGAGUGAGGAAGAAGAUGGUGCAGAGGAAGUGGAGAUUGAUAGUGAGGAUGAAGAGGAUGCUUUUGAAAUGCACUUCAAUCGUGUAGAAGAGGCGACGGUGAAUGAAAUCGAUAAGGCGUUUAAGAAUGGUCAGAUAAAAUAUAAGUCUGUUAAGCUGCCAAGUUCCAGUGAGAACGAGGAAGUGAUAUAUUCCAAGCCUGUUAUUAGUGGUCGCGAUGGUUCAGAGGCUCCUAUUGCUUCUCCGCAGCGUAAGCAGUCCUUGCAGGGGUAUUUUAUCAAGCAAAAGCUGAAGCUGCAUAACAACCUAAUGAAUAAUGGGGACGGCUCGCUGUCUGCGCUGCAAAAGAACCUAGUUGAUCCCAUGUUCCAGUACCAAGAUAUUCUAUACGAGUACGAAAACUACAAGCAGGAAGCUGAAUAUCGUGACCUGUAUAGUCUGCAUGUUUUGAACCACGUCUAUAAGACACGGGAUCGCAUUUUGAAAAAUAAUCAGAGACUCCAGGAGAACGACGAGCAGGAGCACCUUGACCAGGGUUUUACUAGACCAAAGGUGCUUGUGGUUGUGCCAUCUAGAGAGGUGGCGUAUGAUGUUGUUAAUCGGAUUGUGAAAAAAUCAGGCAUUGACCAAGUUGACAAGAAGUCCAAGUUUGUCGAUCAGUUUCACGAGGAUGUCCUACCUCCGCCAACAAAGCCAAAAUCGUUUCAGCAUAUUUUUAAAGGUAACACCAAUGAUUUCUUUAUUCUAGGUCUGAAGUUUACAAGAAAAGCGAUAAAAUUGUACAGUAACUUCUACCAGUCAGACAUCAUCAUCUGUUCUCCACUUGGAAUUCAACUCAUUUUAGAAAAUACUGACAAGAAAAAGAGGCAAGAUGAUUUUCUAUCGAGCAUUGAGGUCAUGAUCAUUGACCAGCUGCACUCAAUCGAGUUCCAAAACACUUCGCAUGUUAAUACGAUAUACAAACACCUGAAUAAGAUUCCUGAUCAACAACGUGACGCUGACUUCAGCCGGAUUAGGAUGUGGUACAUUAAUGAUCAAGCAUGGCUUUUUAGGCAAACAAUGGUGUUUACCAGGUACCAUUCACCCUUUGGUAACUCUCUGAUCAAUGGUAAAUGUCGCAACAUAGCCGGGAGGAUAAAAAACGUGAGAAAAAUCUUACCAGAAAAGUCUGCAAUUAACCAGCUCGGUUUGAAGGUGAGACAAAUCUUUCAAAGAUUUGAUAUGCUUGACGGGAAAGCGCUCGAUCAACCAAACUAUAGAUUCAAAUUCUUUACUAGUGUUAUUGUUCCCACCAUAACAAAAUCGACCGGGUAUGAAAACGGCAUUUUACUCUACAUUCCGGACUACACUGACUACGUUCGGGUUAGAAACUAUCUCAAGGAAAAGACAAAGAUUCUCUUUGGAGAACUUAACGAAUACUGUGACCAAAAAAGACUAACCUCUAAUAGAGCACUUUUCGUUCAAAAUCGUGUCGAUGUUAUGCUCUACACUGAAAGACUGCACCACUUCCGUAGGUACGAACUAAAGGGCGUUAAGAGUGUCAUCUUUUACCAGCCUCCUUCAAAUCCCGAAUUCUAUCAAGAGAUUGUGCGAUACAUUGGUAAAAGCGCAUUUUUGGGUCAAGCAGAUUUAAACAUCUCUACAGUAAGAUGCCUAUAUUCCAAAUUAGACAGCUUAGCACUUGAAAAAAUUGCUGGAACCAAGAGAACUGCUGUCCUCACGCAUGGGCAAAACGAUAUAUAUGAGUUUAAAUAA